CGAACCCAUCUCAUCUGCGUCAAGCCGGCGUUCGAGCCGUUCUACUCAACUCAAGAAGGGCAUUUUGCCCUCUGCUCUUACUGCUGUCCCCACGUUCAACCCCUCCGCUGAUGACCCAACUAUUGCAUCGAUUCCAUUGAACGGGUUGGGCAGGUGUUUGGUUGGGACGACCCCACCAAGCUAGCCAUUGCCCGCUGUCGCCUACUUCAUUCUGCCAAAGUAUCGGACUCUGGUAAGGAGCUUGAUACCUUGGACAAGUUCAGUAAAGCUUUCCUCGACCGCUAUGCCCAGCAGGAAACAGAAAUCUACGGCCAACUGGCAUCAUGCCGCCAGGGCCUGCGAGAGUCUGUACGCGACAACUCCGACCGUUUCCGCCAUCUAUUUGCCCGUCAUGACAAGCCUGGCCGCGACUACAAGCUGAACAAUAGCUGAACAAUAGCUGAACAAUAGCUGAACCGACCACCCACCCACCCACAACAUGUAAAAUAGCCUGUCGCCGCGUUUCAAGCCAUGUCGACAAACGACAAUAGUUGGUACAAGUACGUUGAACAAACCCAGAGGGAGCCGGAAAAGCCAUGUGCCGGCGGCCUGGUCCUCGCGUUCCUGAGCAAGCUGGAGGAGCUCAGGACACAGACCGAGCUCAACACCAGUGCUGUAGCAGUUCUGAGAGAGCGUCAAGCUAGCUCGGAAAAGCGGGUAGCUGAGGUAGAGUCUAAGAUCAAACACAAUGUCGCACAGCCAGUGUCCGCGAACAGCUUUUACUUCACAGAUAGGCUGAUCAUCAAGGGCAACAUGAGCAAUACCAGCGCAGAGACGCUAAGCAAGAUAGUUUGCACAAAACUCAGCAGUGACGAGGUCCACAUCGCGAACCUGACGGUCCGCAAGCGCAGUUCCCGCCUUGCAGUGCUCUAUCUGGGGGCAUGCCAGGACCUCCGCGGGAACCUCCUGGCCACGCGGCUGAAGCUCCAGGGCACCGGCUUCAAGCUGGACGACUGCCUCACGACCACAGGCCUGGCGGAGCGGCGGCGGCUUCAAACCACCCACGACGAAGCAUACCAGGCCGGUAUGCGCCCGGAGUGGCGGCGUGGGGCACUGCUGUAUGCGAGGCCGGAGCCCAGCGCACCGGCCGUGCCAUGGGCGGACCUGGGCUACGGAUCGGGCUCGGACAUGGACGCGGAGGCAGAGUUCGUGCCCAGCGGAGGGGAGCGCACGCCGCCGCACCAGCAGCCGCCACCGCCACCGCCCCCUAAGCCUGGACAGCAGCAGCAGCAGCAGCAGCAGCGGCAGCAGGAUCAGGGCACCAGUCAGGGUCAGGCGGGAGGCUCCUGGGCAGCCCGCGUGGCCAACUCGGGCUCGUCUCCCACCUCACCAGUUCGGCCCUUCCACGGCUUCUCGUCUGCCACACCGGGGUGGUCGUCCCGGGGUCCGCUACCUGCCUCCCCAAUUCGGCCUUUCCAGGGCUUCACACGCUACGAGCCGGCAUCAACGCACCAACCGGGCGAUAAGCGAGGCUCCCGUACACCGCAGAGCACUGAGCAGGCAAGGCUGCCCAAGCCUGCAAAGCCCUCUGCACACGCCACGGUGGCGGACGUGAGGAACCACGCGCCCACGCGCGCGGCAGACCUACCGCGGUCGAAGCGAGACCCCAGGGCACCGCAGCAGCAGGCGCAGGCACAGGCGCAGGCGCAGGCGCAGGCGCAGGCGCAGGCCCAGGUGCAGGCGCAGGCGCAGGCCCAGGUGCAGGCGCAGGCGCAAGCGCAGGCGCAGGUGCAGGCACAGGCGCAGGCGCAGAUGCAGGCGCAAGCGCAGGUACAGGCACAGGCGCAGACGCAGAAGCCGGCGCAGGGGCAGGCGGCGCUGUUCGCCGCUGCGUACACAGAGUACAAAGCGGCACAGCCGGCCGACCCCGCCGCCGCAGAGCGCCUCGACGGAGCCAGUGGCAGGUGACUUCAGGGUCAGCGCUGGGGGGGAGGUGCUCGCAGUGCCAGCAAACCCGAAAGGGAAGAGCGCUGUGGACGACGAUGGGUGGCAAGUACAGCUCGGACGCAGCCAGGCCGGAAGGGGAGGUGGUAGCAGCACUGGCAGGGGUGGAGGCAGGGCCGGAGGACGCACAGCGGGCGGUGGCAGGGCCAGGGGCGCCGGACACACGACGACAGGGGUGAAUCGAUUUGUACCGCUGCACGACAUGGGUCUGAGCGCGGAUACGGAUACGGACAUGGGUAAUGCCCAGGAUUAGUGGGACGGGGGCCGGGGAGGCAUAAGUGUCUGGGCAUGGAACGCUCACGGACUUCUCACUGGAGGCUCUUGCAAGCUUCACGACCGCAACAUCAAUAAAGCCGCACGAGCGCACGACAUCCUGGUCAUUUCCGAAGCACACCUAACACAUCGUGUGCCAGACGGCCGUAUAGAACUAGACGGAUACGCAGUCUUUCGUGCACAUAGAUCGCAAGAAGCUAUAAGGUCGGAUUUUGGCGGCGUUGCAGUUUAUGUGCGUGAGUGUCUGAUGGGCGGAGUGAUGCAUUUAAGGACAGACGUGAGUCUUACAGGGUGUGAAGUCGUGUGGAUGCGGAUACGUUCCAAAGAUGGAGACAGCCUGCUUUUAGGAUGUUGUUACCUUGCGCCGGAAACCUCGCGCGUAUACAAGGACGGCGGCAAAACGCGUGUGGCAAGGGAAGCCACAGCUGAGGCCGUCUUUGGAAGGCUCCAGCAGGCUAUCUCGGCGAUGCGGCAGAACGGCGAAGAGGUGCUACUAGUAGGUGACCUCAAUGCGCGUAUGCCGGCAGGGCUUAGAGAUAUACCGGAUCUCGACCAACUAGCAGCGCUUGAACAAGUGGAGCAUAUCACGGCACUGGGUGGAGCACUCACGUCGAUGCCUAGUCCAGAGGAUUACGCGGGGUUGCCGGCCAGGGCUUCUCAGGAUAAGCACGCAAACUGUUUUGGCGAAUUUCUAGCGCGUAUGUGCCGUUCUCAAGGUUUUGUGUUACUGAACGGCAGGGCACCAGGGGAUGAGUCGGGUCGAAUCACCU